AUGACAACCUCAUCCCCCAACACCCGACCCCUCCCCGCCUCCACCACGCCCACCGUCCUCCUCAUAGUCGACGUCCAAAUCGGCCUCAACGUCCACGACACCACCUACUACGGCCUUACGCGCUCCAACCCGGCCUUCGAAGCCAACAUGACCACCCUCCUCGCCGCGUGCCGGAACUACAACGCCAACCUUCCCUCUUCCUCCCCCCCACGGCACCCCAUCACCAUCCUGCACAUAAACCACCACAGCACCGACCCCCUCUCCCCCCUGCACCCCAGCAAGCCCACCUCCUCCCCACAACCCUGCGCGCUCCCCCUCCCCACCGAACCCCUGCUGCACAAGUCCGCCAACUCGGCUUUCGUGGGCACCGACCUCGCCUCGUUGUUAGCGUCGCACUCCUGCCGACAGCUCCUCGUGGCGGGCAUCGCGACCGACCACUGCGUCUCCACGACGGUGCGCAUGGCGGCGGAUCUGGAGGUCUGCGGCGGCCGCCGGGAGGGGGUGUGGUUGGUGGAGGACGCGACGGCGUGUUUUGAUAACGGGGGCUCGUUUGGGGUUGAGGUCGUGCAGGGGGUGAGUGUGGAGAGUUUGAGGGGGGAGUUUUGCGAGGUUACGGGCGUGAAGGGGGUUGUGGAGGGGUGUUUGCGGUAG